AUGGUGGCACAAUCUUCCUUAGUUGGACAAGUCAAGGCUUGCCAGAAUGAAGAUCCCCAUCUUGCUAACCUACGAGAUCAAGUGCCGAAUGGGGGCGUUAAGUCAUUCCCUAUUGAUGGCGAAGGCGUGUUACAUCAACAUGGUAGACUGUAUAUUCCCAUAGUGGAUGAUGUCAAGCAACUAAUUCUUGAAGAGCCUCAUAGCUCGCGAUACUCCAUCCACCCAGGUACUGCGAAGAUGUACCAAGACUUGCGUGGAUGGUACUGGUGGAAAGGUAUGAAGGCUGAUACUUUGAAAUAUGUUACUGAUACUGCAAAACAAUUAGCGAAUAUUUACCUGUAUCUGUCUGAGAUCUUGGAAUACAUGCUUAGAGCUUGUGCGAUUGGUUUUGGUGGUUAUUGGGAUGUCAGCUGCCGUUGGUGUCGUUCACCAGUAGGAUUGUUUGAACAUGGUGAAGCACAACUAUUAGGUCCAGAUUUGUUUCAGCAAGCCUUGGAGAAAGUUGCGUUGAUAUGA